CUGUUGGUUCUGUGGUCACCGCGAUGCCCAAGGCUAAGGGCAAGACUCGGAGGCAGAAGUUCGGUUACAAUGUCAACCGGAAGCGGCUGAAUCGGAAUGCUCGACGGAAGGCAGCGCCUCGUAUCGAGUGCUCCCAUAUCCGACAUGCCUGGGACCACGCCAAAUCGGUGCGGCAGAACCUGGCCGAGAUGGGGCUGGCCAUGGACCCCAACAAGGCCGUGCCCCUCCGAAAGAAAAAGGUACACGCCAUGGAGGUGGAUGUUGAGAGGACGAAGGAGCUGGUGCGGAAGCCCUAUGUGUUGAAUGACCUGGAGGCAGAAGCCAGCCUCCCAGAAAAGAAAGGAAAUACCUUGUCUCGGGAUCUCAUUGACUACGUACGCUACAUGGUGCAGAACCAUGGGGAAGAUUAUAAGGCCAUGGCUCGGGAUGAGAAGAAUUACUAUCAAGAUACCCCGAAACAGAUUCGCAAUAAGAUCAACGUCUAUAAACGUUUCUACCCCGCCGAGUGGCAAGCCUUCACUGAUUCUUUGCAGAAGAAUAAGAUGGAGGUUGAGUGACUGGUUUACGCCCAUCCCUGGCUGACACCUUCUGGACCAGAGAAGCUGAAGCCCAGGGUUAAGGCAAGGAGGGGUGUGUGAUGACAGAUGAGGCUGGCCAAACCCCAUGGAAUCAAAAGGUUACACACACACAUUCCUGCCCCCCCUGGGGAGGGGGCUGAUGCUAAGGAAAUCUCCCAGAGGCUCUCGUUUGUGUUCUUCUGGGGUCUAAGGGAAAAGCCAGAGCCUGCAGUUUGCAGAGUAGGUGGUUUGCUUGUUUGAAUAUAGACUGUACGUAAUAAAACAAGGCUAUUUUA